GUUGCAGAUAUCAAGAGAGUUAACAAUCUCAUCAAUGACCAGGACUUCUUCGCCCUGAGGUCUGUCAGAAUUCCAGUGAAGAAGUUCAGUGUGCUGACCGAGACACAUGUCUCUCCAAAAGUGAGACCAGUCCUUCGGCCUGCUCACUGCUCCCCAGAAGCACAGGAGACGGCACCUCCUGAUAAAUUUUCAGCUAGUGAAACUGCUGGCAGCUUCUUAGAAGAAGUGGACCGAGAUAUCGAAGAAAUAGUGAAGUGCAACGACACAAAGAGAGAGAACCUCAAUGAAGUUGUCUCUGCACUGGCAGCCCAGCAGAUCUGCUUUGAAACGGAUGGCAAGGCUCAGAAGUGCAAGGACCCGUACUACGGGGCAGACUGGGGCAUCGGGUGGUGGACAGCUGUGGUGAUCAUGCUGGUGAUCGGCAUAGUGACCCCCGUGUUCUACCUCCUGUAUUAUGAGGUUCUGGUGAAAGCAGAUGUCAGCCACCAUUUGGCCAUGGGGUCCUCCCACUCGCUCACCACACCAGCGCCGCAUCAGAAGCAGCUAGGGGAUGGGAUGAAUCCAGGGAAUGUUAUCCAUGUUAAUAACCAAGGAGACCAUCAGCCUUAA